UCACAGAAGUCUCAUUAUCCUGACCUGACCCCUAUGUCGAAAAACUUCCUGAACUACUCUUCGAAAGCUGCUGAAAUCAGGAAGGAUAUAACAGAAUUAAGAGAUAUUGUUGUUAGUCGGCGGCGGGAUUACAUGUCAGCCGUAGGUCAUUAUCGAGAACUGAGUCUUACAUACGGAAUGAGCGACUGGGAAAGAAAACAGAUGGAUGUGGAAGUGGAUCAGGCUAUGAAACAGUGCAUUCGAUUGAUUCAAACAUUUCAGAGGCAGGUUGCGGACGAUGGCUCAUUACGUGCAGCCGACGAAGCACCACAUUUCCGGGAGAUCGGUCACUUACUGGACAAGUAUUUGAAAAAAAUUGCAAAAAUAGUAAGUGAAUUGAGGACUGUCCGCUAUAUGAAGGUUCAGAACAUGAAGAAAUUGUCCCGGUUGUUUUUACUGUUAAUUGUAUACUUUAUAUGUUCCGUUAAAGCUGUCGUCUCUGCCGUGGACAAGGCGGAUUCUACUAUUAUUCAUGAUAAUGGCUCUAGGGUAUUAAACGUUAGCAAUGUGAGAAGAAGGUUCGACACCGGAAAAGGUUUAGUUGCAGAAGGUUCAGAAAAAAAGAGUUUUGGGAAGAAUGAAGACAGUGUAAUUGCCAGAGAAAUGCCUUGUAGUUCCAGUAUGGUUACUGAAACUGGCGGUGAGAAUUUAGAAGUUACUGAUAAAGAAUUAGAGCAACAAAUGACCGCAGAAAACGAGCAAUUAUAUGCAAGACUGAUACAUACCGAUGACGAGAUACAAAAGGUUGAGCAGCAACUUAGUGAAAUAUAUAAACUCCAGGAGUCUUUUGCUGAAAAGGUUCUGGAACAAGAGAAGGAUAUAGAAUUCGUAAAUCAGGCUGCUGUUACUAGCGUUGAAAAUAUUCGAGACGGCAACGAACAGAUCCGUGAAGCUAUACAGAAUAUGGCUUCUCGUCGUGUCAUUCUUCUUUUUUGUCUUAUUGCUCUUACGUUCACUCUUUUAUUUUUAGACUGGUAUAAUGCGUGA